AUGGAAAUCGGCGUGGAGGACAUUCUCGUUAUAAAGGCUACUUGUGGCGGCAGCAAUCGCCGCCUGACCCUGCGUCGCACGCCCGAUCUCUCGAUCUCCACUCUCCAUGAACAUUUAAAGCAGCUUUUCGGCAUCGGCAGUAGUAGCAGCGGUGACGGGGGUAGUUUAAGCGGCGUGCGGGAGCGGCUAGUGGUGACGUACCGGGACUCGGAGGGCGACUCGGUUGACCUUAUAGACGAUAGGGAUUUAAAGGACGCGCUGUUUUUACAGAAGCUGAAUCCGCUCAGAUUGAGUGUGAAUGUAGAGGAAGAAGAAGAGGAGGAAUAUGAGGAGGAGGGAGAGGGGGAUAGGGAGGUGGAGGUGAUCGGAAGGGAAGCCGCGGAGGGUGACGGGAAGGCAGAAGCGGAGGAAGGUGAGAGGGGAGUAGCAGAUGGGGGGAAGGCGGAGGAAUCAACGCAAAAGACGCCCGAGGGAACGAAGGGUUUAGUACCGAACGGGACAGCAGCACCCGGAGAACCACUCGGAAAGAAAGCAGCAACGAAGAAAGCGAGGGGAGGCGGCAGGAACAGGUGGAGCAGGCAGGGGCGGAAGGCGGAGGGAAUAGAGGGAAUCGGUGCAGAGCGUGUGUAUAUCCAUGUGCAGUCAGCGUCGGGUGUGGAACUCCGGGAAGACCAUGGGGCCACGGACCUUCUCCUGGGGGUGACUCUGGAGAAAAUCAACGCUGUCGUGGCUGCUGCGGUUAAGAACCGCUCCUCUCUCCUGCUCCAGAUUUCCUUUGCUCCAGGCCAUGCUGCUGAUGAUGUUUCUGCUGCUUCUGCUGCUGCUGCUGGUUUGCCGAUUCUGGGAUCUGCUGGAGUCGUUUCAGCAGGUGCGAAGCUCCCUGUUACCACCGCCGUCACUGCUGCACCAAGAAAGGCGAUUGUGGGAACCCAAGGAGUGGGAUCAGCAGCAGCAGAUCUGGCCGCUCUGCAUGCCACCACCACCACCAGCACCAUCAGCGGCACCAGUGGCAGACUUACUGUCACUCCGCCAGUCCCCGCGCUUGUUCCUGCAGGAGCAAUAGUGGGCGGAGGGGCGGGUGCUAUGGCUAAGGCUGGGCUCAUCCCCAACCUCUCCCCACACGCCACCAGACCCGUAUCGGCCGCAGCAGGAGGAGUCAUUCCAGCAGCCCCAGCAGGUGUACCGGGGGUGGCAGGAGCAGGAGCAGCAGCAGCAGCAGGGCAUGCAGCACUGGACGGGUUGGGCGCUGCAGGGGGGGUAGUCCCUGCUGCGGCUACCGCUGCUGGUGCUGGUGGUGGUUUGUUUGCUCGGGCUGUCUCACCGCGUGACUCCAGGGCACUUGCCGGAGGAGGAGGAGCAGGGGGGAGAGUGCCGCUGUCGGUCCCUGUGGGCGGGCAAGGGAAGGGCGUGGAUGUUGAGGAGAAGGGGGAUGAGGCUUACCUUGCUGCUGCAGCUGCAGCGGCGGCGGCGGCGGCGGCAGCGGCGGCGGCAGCGGCGGCGGUGGUGCAUGAGGGGAUUGAGUGUGACCUGUGCCGUAUGUGCCCUAUUGUGGGGGCUAGGUACAAGUCCAAUGUCCUGCCGGACUUUGAUCUGUGCCGAGCGUGCUACGAGGCGGAUGGGGAGCAGGGCUGUUACGAUGAGUUCAUUCAGCCCUUGCCCGCCUCCCCACGCCCUCGGUAA